AUGAUCUAUCUAUCUAUCUAUCUAUCUAUCUAUCUAUCUAUCUAUCUAUCUAUCUACUGUGAGUCAUUAGUUUGUCUUCCACGUUUUUGCUCUCAGGUAAUUUUAGGCCUCAUAGAGUUUUCCGAUGUUUUUUUUUUUACUGUUUAUUAUUUCCUUUUUAUUCUUUAUUUCCCGCUUUUAUUUCUUUAUUCAUCCGUUUCUUUAUUACUUUUUUCCUUCCUUCUUUUACUUUACUUUACCCCAUUCCACUUUGAAGAUGCAACUCUCCCACUCUCUCUCUCUCUCUCUCUCCCACUCUCUCUCUCCCACUCUCUCCCCCACUCUCUCUCCCACUCUCUAUCUCUCCCACUUCCCCCCUCUCACUCUCUGCAUUGUUUGGAAAUCACAACCAUGAAACAUCUAUCUGAUAACCUUCUUUAUCUAUCUGAUUCUUUUUAUCUAUCUGAUUCUCUUCUUUAUCUCUUUAUUUAUCUGGUUCUCUUUUUUAUGUGUCUGAUUCUUUUUAUCUAUCUAUCUAUCUAUCUAUCUAUCUAUCUAUCUAUCUAUCUAUCUAUCUAUCUAUCUAUCUAUUUGAUUCGCUUUGUCUGA